GAAGUAGGUGUGCAGGCGGUUGGUGUCGUGUUUCUGUCUUUAAAAAAACAUAUUUUUUGCUUUGAGAAUUGUGUUUUUCUGCUAACCGUUGAACUGUGUCCGCGCGCUUAAUGCAGAGCGACGUUUUCAUACGUUUCCGUCGUCGUAAGAGACGCAGCGACCAUUAGCUGUAUCGCUGAAGUUCCUGAGUGUUUUUGAGGUUCUGGUGGAUUAAACGCAGUCUCAAGUGUGAGUCGAACAUUGGAAAACAUGGAUCCGGAUAAUGAGGCAGAAAGGUCAAGCGUGAACAGUGGAAGUGGCGAUGAUGAAGAGGACAGCGCCAAGUUUCUACGACCUCCUUCCAGUUAUGGUUCAAUGAAGAGCGACAGUGAAAAGAUGGAGGACACGGACGAGGACGCGAUGGAGGGACCCGAAGAAGUGGCGGCUGUGCAACCUGAAAUAUCUUAUCAGGAUGGGACGGGGAUGCAGCUGAUUCGUUCAGAGUCUCCGGAGACCCUCUUCACCAUCGCAACGAUGCAAACUAAACCACCCGGAGCUCAGGUUUUGGAAACAAGGUCUGAUGAGUCACUGGAAAUUCCAGAAGAAGAGGACGAGGAGGACGACGACGAUGAUGAUGGCUUGAUAACAAAUUCUCCGGAGCCUCCAGAGGUUGUCGUACCAGAAAGUUCAGAGCAGGCUGAUGAGAAUGGUCAGCCAGGAACGCUACACCCAGAGAAUGACCUGCCUCACAUUUUCAAGAGUAUUCAGAGUAUUCUAUCUGGGCUCACCUCGAGGCAAUUUUAUGAUUUUAAGACUACAUUUCGCCAGUGGGAACCAAAGAUAACAAGGGAGGAUGUGAUGGACGACGACGUUCUUAACUUUGUGGACAAGACCAUCGAGGUUCUCGGCCGGGAUGAGUCCCUACUGCAAACUAUACGCUGCCUAGAACUGGUCAAGAAUGAAGAAAAAGCAGAGGAGCUGCAAAAUAUGUGCAAGAGAGUGCUGACCCGUCACAGUCUGAGGGCGUAUUAUAGGAGAAAACACUGUGUCAUCCAUGAGGGCGUUGUCAGAGCUGGAGGCCAAAAUAUGCUACGAAAAAUCUACAUGGAGCCGGAGCUUUCUACAGAUGGUCGUGGAGGAGUUGACCCCUCCCACGAGUUGCGGAACCCCCCUCCGCCAUUCUACCCGCUGCCCAGCGCUGACACGUUUGUCAGCGUGAGCAACCUGUUCAGAUUACGGAAGAGGGACGGCACGCCGGUCCGGACGGUGGUCACCACGGGGCUGCCGGGAACUGGCAUGUCAGUGUCUGUGGCGAAAUUCGCACUGGACUGGGCUGAAGAGAAAGCAAACAGGGACAUACAGUUUGUCAUCAAACUGUCUUUCCCCAAGUUGUGGGGUGUUCGUGAAAGAAAAUUGAUCGAUACUGACAAGGUGUCCAUGAUGGAUGUGUUCCAAUUUUGGUAUCCCGACUACAAACAAAUAACUUACCUGGAGAACGAGACCGAGAGCUUUCUCCUCAUCAUGGACGGAUUCGAUUGUUACCGUGGUUCUCUGGACUGGGAGAACGCUCCUGUAGUAAAAGACCUUCACACUAAAGCACAUCCUGAUGACCUGGUGGUGAACAUCAUUCGAGGCGAUAUGUUUCCUGGCGCCCGCAAGUGGAUCCUGGGCCGGCGGGCGGCGGUCUCUCAAAUACCGGCGAAGUUCAUAGACAUUCUCACUGAACACCAAGGAUUUAGUGACGAGGUGAAAGACAUUUACCUGAUGCAGCAGACUCAUGACGAAGAACUCGGACGCAAGAUCGUGGCGUACUUCAGGCGCCUGCCGGCCCUGGUCAGACUCGCUCGGCACCCCUUCGUCUGCUGGAUCGUGUUCGCCGUGUACAAGCAGUGCUACGGCUACCGGGACUUCGGGCAUCGUCGGCCCAGAUUAACGCUUUUCUACGUCAGCCUCAUGCUGGUCCAGAUGAAUCGCCGGCUGCAGUUCUACUACGGACAGUUUCAGCCCAUGGUGACCUGGUCAGAAGACGACAAGAAACUGCUCUUGCAGAUGGGGAAGAUGGCUUUGAAGAUGCUGGAGAGAGAAGUUCGGGUGUUCUCUAAAGAAGACUUGGAGCCGUACCACUUGGAUCUCACGGAGGUGACGGUGCUGUCUGGGAUGUGCACUGAGCUGCCCGCUGAUGGAGGACGGAGACGCUUCUGCUUUAUCCACUACGCAUUUCAGGAGUUCCUGGCUGCUCUGUAUGUUUUCCUCACGUUCCGCCUCGAGUCCAAGAACGUUCUGGAGUCGGGAAUCGGCGUGUCCAGCAUGCUCGCCUUUAUAAGUCAACCCAAAUCACCAGACAGUCUGCUCCAGUGCGCCCUGGCACGAACCCUGAACUCCAGGCUGGGCCACUACGACAUGUUCCUGCGCUUCCUCUGCGGACUGCUGAACGUGGACGUCCACGAUCAGCAGCUCUGCGGCUACAUGUACCCCCACAGCAUCGCCAAGAUAAGUGGACUGAAGAAGGCGGAGCACACGCUGAAGAAGGCCAUCCAGAACGCUCCAGAAGACCGGCUGGAAAAUCUGAAGGAGUGUCUGAGAGAGAUGACUCAGGAAGACAGUUGAGUAGAAGUCAGACUCUACCGUGAUCUACAGAAAAGGAAAUAUCUCUUGGUCUUGGUAUAUCUUAUCUUUACCGAUUAAAAACUGAGCUGUUCUUCUCACAAUCACUGAAAUAAAAGUCAGAAUGCUUUGUGCUUCCUGUAUUUCAGGAACAAUCUUACAUUUUAGCGCUUCUUAUGUGUGUCACGCCUCUCUUGCCAUGGUGGGUUUUCUCCGAGGUUGUCCGUUUUCUCUCGUGUUUGAGGACACAUUUAACCAAAUUUAUUUUACUUUCUUUUUUUCAUUUAUAUCCAUGUGCCUUACCUUCCGAAACCUUAAACAGCUGCUUUGAGUAUUGAUUUGGGUGUAUUCUGAUGUGGGGCUGUAAGUUAGUGACAAACAGUAUGAUACAGGAAAUGUAUUCAUUUAACGGAUCAUUUUCAUGUGAUUGGUUUUGUGUGUGCUCACACAGUUGUUCAUGAGUUUUCUGUGCUGUCAGUUCUGUAAAGUUGUCAGCUGCUUUUGUUUUAUAUUUUAUUUUAAAAAUGAAACACUGAUUUGAUUUAUUUGCA